ACUGUGUUUAUUAAUAAAUUUCAUACAUCUUUUAUAAUAUAUUUAAAUCAAAACUGGAGAAAAAUGAAAGGUUUAUCAGCAAAUCCAAAUAAUAAUGGUUUAUUGGCAAAUUCAAGUGAUUACUCUUUUAAAAAUAACGAACCUGUUCCAUAUGGUUCAGGACAAUUUAAACGUAUAAAAAAACAUCAAGAUUUUAUGAGAAGAAUUAUUAAACUAGUUGGUGAAAUUGAUUAUGCAGUUGAACGACAUGCUAACUUAAUCAAAGAAAAGAAAGCUCAAGAACAAAAAAUUUUGGAAAGUAGAUUGAAACCUAAAGGUCAAUUAUCAAUAAAUAAUGAAUAAUUAUAAACAAUUUUAUUCAUUUUUCAAUACUUUUUUCAUAGUUUAAUUUGAUAAUUUAUUAAAUUGCAAAAACAAAUUUUUUAAAAUAUCAAUUAUUUUAUUUUAAAUUCAUAACUACAACUAUUUGAGCUGAUAAUCAAUAGGAUA